AUGGACCCACCAACACAUCUCUGGCGUACCUGGUCCCCCCAAUCCCACGCCUCACUACUACAUCCCACCCAUCAACCCCCCAUUUCAUAUCAACCACCCACAACCACCACUUCAUCCACAGCCACCGAGCUCCAAAAUGUCCUCGCCGGCCGCCACAACUCACGGAACCGCUUCCUCUUCUUCUCCGACACCCUCCACUUCUCCCUCCAAUUCGCGGCCCAGAAGAAAUCGGCCGGCUGGACGAAUAUCCAGGUAACGUGUCUUAAUACCGCCACCGCUCGAGACUCAACCGCCGGAAAGGUCGUGUUCUAUCAUAUUCCCGAUCUGAUCAAAGCGACGGGUAUGCCGACCCGGACGAACAGGGAUGGCGAGAUGAUCGAUUAUGCCGGGGAGUGGGUGGCGAUCGAUACGGAUGUCUUAUCCGGAGCGGGUAGUAGUACGGCGGGCUUUGACAUGUUGCUGGAUCGGGGACUUUACUCUUUGAGCCCUGAGUUGGGCUUGCAGGCUGAGAGGAGGAGUGUGCAUCUGUAUUCUGCGCUGAAGACUUUAAGAGCUUAUUGUUUUGGGUCCGGGAGGAGCUGGCAGGUCGGAGAGAUGGAGAUGGCGAUUGCUGUGAGGUUGGCGGCUGCGUUCGAGGGUGUGGGAGGGCAGGGGAUGGUGUGGGCGGGUGGGGUGGUGCAGAUGCAUUUGGUGCCUUGGUUCUUGUCGAUGAGGAAAAGGGAUAUGUGCAGUUUGAAUCCCUUGAAGAGCAGGCUGAUAUCUGUUGAUGCUAGACCUCGACAACCUGUUGGCGGAAAUGGCACAUCGACUGCGAGUGGCUGUGGUACUCUUGCAGGAACAGUGGCAAGUCGUGGUAUGAAGAGAAAAGUCUCGGAAGCCAUCGACCUAACUGGCGACGACGACAACAUUCUCAUGCCAGCUAGUAAGCGACAAGCCCUGCGAAAAAGCAUGGCUCCAUUCAAACGCGAUGUGCCGGCACCGAGCUACAGCACCAUGUCCUUCGCAAUCCCGCAGUCGGCCAGAUCUCCUGAGAUCGAGCAAUGCGAAGCACUCAUGUCGAUCAUGGAACAUGGACAGCUACGUCUCCAGGCUACAGACCUUAGUACUGUCAUCAGCACAAGUACUUUGGCGCAAGAUCGUGCAAGUUGGCAGGCAUGGUUCAGGGAAAGUCGGGAUCGUGACCGAGGAGGUCGGCACGAGUAUGCCGGUGCUUUUGGUGGUGUGCGCAUUGGCGGGGUCGAGAAGGAAAGGCGCUAUGGUCGGAGAUUGCUGCGUGUGGAGCGAGCAGGUCGUCGGCGGAAGCUCGACGGACGAGCGAGAGAAGGAAGGCGGUUCGAGCGGCGAUGUGUUUGA